UGUGUUUGAGAUUGGUAGAGCCCGUUGAAACACAACUAACGUUAGGUAAUCCAACAGAGAGGUCGUGCAGCGCAUUAUAAUGAAUCUAUUCUUGCAGAAUUGGCCAAUCAUUGGAUGAGAUUCCUUCUUUGAGCUCUCUUCUUGGAUCAAGUACGUGACAGGUGGAGCUCAUCUGUAGCUUAUUCUCUUAACCAUCAUCCCAGUUCUUCGUUCAAUGCCUAACACUGUGGAAAGUGAAGGCUCCAAGGUAUCUGCUAGUACUGAUCAGGAGGCCCCAUCACGGGCCCCAGCCAGAGAGGAUGAGCGUGAGCGCAGCUUCCUGAGUCCGAUGACGCGUGAUGCGCUGCGGGUACGACGGGCCUCCAGCGCAGAGCUCCAGCUUCCAUGGACCUGCCCUGUAACACACUCCCGAGAGAAGUUCUACACCGUCUGCUCGGACUAUGCACUGCUCAACCGAGCCCGACCCAUUAACACAUCUGAAGAUACGCCACCGACCAACACAGACACCACAUCAUUAGUCAAGACCAGCGCUACAACCCCUUCCCAGUGUCACUCAGGGGGGAACUGUGAUAUGGAGGUUGUGUCAUCCAGCAACAAGCCUGUGCUCGCCUGGGAGAUUGACACCUCUGAUUUUGAUGCGGUUUUAACACGGAAAGCCAGAACAAGUAAUUUAAAGAAAUUCAACUCUAAGAAAAUGAAAUCAUCUGACAGACCAAGCAGAAAUCUGCAAGAUCUCCCAGCACAAGCGUCUCUGGAGGAGAUCAAACAGAGAAAAGUCUUGGACCUCCGUAGAUGGUACUGCAUCAGCCGCCCCCAAUAUAAGACCUCAUGUGGGAUCUCUUCUCUUGUCUCCUGUUGGAACUUUCUCUACAGUACUUUAGGAGCAGGCAGUCUCCCACCUAUUUCUCAAGAAGAAGCCCUGCACAUACUUGGUUUCCAGCCUCCGUUUGAAGAUAUCAAGUUUGGACCAUUCACUGGCAAUGCCACUUUGAUGCGAUGGUUCAGACAAAUCAACGAUAAUUUUCGUGUUCGGGGAUGCUCUUACAUUCUGUACAAACCUCAUGGCAGGCACAAGACAGCGGGAGAGACCGCUGAGGGGGCACUGCUGAAGCUGACGCAGGGGCUUAAAGACGAGUCCAUGGCCUACAUUUACCACUGUCAGAAUCACUACUUCUGUCCUGUGGGCUAUGAAGCUACACCACUAAAAGCAGCCAAAGCUUACAGGGGGCCACUGCCACUUAAUGAGAUGGAGCACUGGAUUCUCAUUGGUGAACCAAGCAGGAAACACCCUGCAAUCCACUGUAAAAAAUGGGCAGAUAUUGUGACAGAUCUGAACACCCAAAACCCAGAAUACUUUGACAUUCGCCACAUAGAGAGAGGCAUUCAGUAUCGCAAAACCAAAAAAGUUGGAGGCAAUCUGCAUUGCAUCAUGGCCUUCCAGAGAGUCAACUGGCAAAAGUUGGGACCAUGGGCACUGAAUUUGGAAAAUCUGAGGCAUGAUCUCCACCAUCAGGCUCCAGAACACAGAGGUCAAGCUGCGCCAGAGGAUGGUUCUGAGGAGCGAGCAGAGAAACGUCUGGGCAGAUCCCUCAGUAUGGGGAACAAGUCUGAGAAUGCCUGGAAGCGUUUGUCCAACACAGAGUACAGGCACAGAAGCUCUCCAGACAGUGACCUAGAUGAAGACAUAACUGACUAAAUCUAAAGUGUCCAACCCUCCUCCUGAUGAGCCAAUUGAGUUUUCGACAGUUUUAAACACGAAUAUUUACCUUCCCAUGUUGUUAGCAAUAAUGGAAAGUUAGAAUUGCAUAUCAUAGAUGAGGUUGCAAGCAAAAAGGUGGGGUUAAUGCUCUGGUAAUUAUAAGGAAGAAGCCAUUUGUGGAGGGUGCCACAAUUUUACAGGAAAUUCCAGAGCCCUCAGUAAUGUGGCAUUAAAUUAAGAUUAGAAAUACUUAAAGGGGUCAUAUGAUGUGAUUUAAAAAUUUUCGUUCUCUUUGGAGUAUUAAAAGCUCUUGGUA